AUGAGGCCCCCCAACACCGGAGGCCGCCGCUCUGCGCGGUCCGCCCCUGCACCGCUGCCCGUGCGCCUAGAGCUGCCGCUUGGCGACGUUUUUCUCAACGCCAGCCUUGCCACCAGCCUUCUCCACGCUCUCAUCAAAUUCGUCAUCUGCACCCGGGGCCAGACACAUAUUCCUUAUGAGCUAUUGCGUGAAGACUUGCAGAACGCUCUGGAGGCCCUCCAGGAGCAAGCCGAGGAAAGCCGGAGGUCCUCGGGCGGCCGCAAGGGCCGGAGGCUGCGACCCCCUUCCGCUGUGAAGCGGAUGACCAAGUUUGCCGCCUCAAUGGACGCGCUGCUGGGCAGCCUCACCCCUCAGCUGCUCGCCGCCGUCCGCCCCGCCCACACGGUCCUGGCUCUGGGUCCCUCACCGCACCGACCCCGGGAGGUCUACACCUUCACCUUCGCGGGGCCGGACGGCACGCCGCUAACACACAUACCCACACAACCACCGCCACCAACACCAACAUUAAUGCCAGAAUCGGGACGAGGGAAAGCGCCCUCGGCAUUGCCAGGUCCUGCACAGCCACCCGCGCAGCAAUCAGCACUACGACCAGCAACACAAUCUGCGGGGGUGACGGCGGCCUCCGCACCAUCCGCUCAUUUGGGUCCCGACCCGACGGCCGCGGUCCUGUCGCUGCUGAGUGAUCGGGAGCAGGCCGUGGUACGGCGGGUGGUGCGGGGGCUGGUGAUGGCGCAGACGUCUGUGGAGGCCUGGGGCAAGCUGUUGCGGCCUACGAAGAUGUUUCUAGCACUGGCGGUUCCCGCAGGGGCUGCCGCUACGGACACCGGCGGCGGCGCCAUGCUGGGUAUUGACAGAAGCACGGGCAUGGGAACGGGCACGGGUCCAAACGGUACGGUCGUACACCAAGGACCUGGCGGCGGGUCAGGCGGCAGUUUAGGGCUCGGCGGGUCAGAAGCCCCACUUUCCGAGGUACCCGCGGGGCAGGCAGCGGGGGAGGUGCAGCCAACAGGGGUGGCGUCGGCGUCGGCGUCAGUGGAGGAGGAGUCGCAGCUCGUGGCACGUGGCCGCAGCACCCGCCGCGGCGGCGGCGCCGGCGGCUUUCGGCUUUGCGGGAGACUGCCGUACGGCGCGGACUCGGCCAAUUCCCGUACACUGCGCAAGACUCUUCAAGCUUUCAUCACCAUACGAACGGGCAGUGGGAGGCCCGGUGCCGCCACCGCCGCCGCCGGCGCUGCUGCGGGUCGAAGCAGCGGCGGCCGAGCGGCCUCUCCGGACCAGGUUCGGCGGCAAGAGCGGCCAGCGUGCCGGAUGAGCCAUGACGAUGUACGGAACGGAGACGGCCGCGGCGGCGGCAGCGGCGGCGCUGACUCCCCCUCUUCCCCGGCGCUGUCCAGCCUCCAGCUCACUACCUCCACGCAGCGGCUGGGGCACUGCUCAGUCGCCACUUCAGGGAGGACACGGCCCCGCAGGAUCUCAGCGGCAACGGCAACGGCAGAGGCGAUCAAGUGUACGGCAGAUUCCGCUGCGAGAUCGGAGGUGGCGGGAGGUUCAGGUCCAAGAAGAACCGACGGACAGCACGCUACGGAUACAGAUACGGACGCGGGUACGGGUACGGACACGGAUAUGGAUACGGAUAUGGGUGGCCAAGCUGGAGUUGAGGCUAAGGAUCGGGUUGGCCACCGGAAUGAGGGCCAAGGUGGCGAGCGGGGAAUCGGCGGAACUGGGGGAGCUAAGGGUGGUACCGGUUGCGGUGGGACUGGCAGCAUCAGCGGUGGUGGUGGUGGUGACGCUCACGCGGGAAACCACCAGGGGGGCGAUGCACCUGGUGGUGAUGGAGAGGUUCGACGUCGUAAUGGUGGCGGUGAUGGCGGUGGUGGUGAUGGCGGUGGCGGGGGGUUGGAGUCGGGCGGUGAAGGGAACGGGGAAAACGUUACCUGGUGGCUUUGCACCACGAGCGUGAAGAGUAUCGUAAAGCAAGAGGAGGAGGAGGAGGGAUGA